AUGGAUGCCACGCAACCGCAGCCCGCCGCGCCGGGAUCUCUCAGCUGGCGCCUCAGCGCGCAUCCCAUUACGCUCCUCACCUUUCUCGGAUUCAGAAUAUCAAGUGUCCUCAUCUACUUUCUCGGCCUGUGGAUCAUACAAAGCAUGAUCAUGAUUUUCAUCAUCACCAUUCUCCUCCUCGCCGCCGACUUCUACUACAUCAAGAACAUCGCCGGACGUCGUCUUGUUGGUCUGCGAUGGUGGAACGAGGUUGAUCCUCAGUCAGGAGAGUCACAGUGGGUGUUUGAGAGCAGCGAGCCUGGAACUAAAACCAUCAACCCUACCGAUAGCCGCUUCUUCUGGCUCGCUUUGUAUAUCCAGCCCAUGCUGUGGGUUCUGAUGGCCAUUCUUGCUCUCGUGCGACUGCAGUUCCUAUGGCUGCCCCUCGUUAUCAUCGCUCUUGUCCUUACAAUCAUGAAUACCCUGGCCUUCUCUCGGUGCGACAAGUUCAGCAACGCCUCUAGCAUUGCUGGAACCGCUUUUGGCACUGGUAACCUGGCCGGUAACAUCGCGAGCAACAUGGUCAGCAGCUGGUUCUCCCGCAGUUAA